AUGCCGGUAGCUGUUGAUGUCGGACAACGUUUGUUUGUUUACAGUCCACAUCGUUUAUGGACCGUGGCAUAUUUUGUCAAAACUUGUCGUCUUGCACAUUGCUCUCAUUCACAAACAUCUGGCGAACAUUUACGUUAUUCACCUCACAAUGUUGCCAUCGCUGAUCGUAUUGCUGAACAUCAAUUGAAUGUUGGCUCACGUAUAUUGUGUAUACCGUCAAAUAGUUCACAUAUUGGUUUAUCAUGUAAAAAAAUUGAAAAACCUCAACGUGGCAUGAUCGCUGAAUUAGCAACCGAAUCAAAUUCAAAUCGCUUUUUGAUAUUUGUUGAUAUUGGUGAACCAUAUUACAUUCAAUGUCAUUCGAUUCGUUUAUUAUUAGAACCUCUAUCAAAUUAUCUAUCAAAAGUUGAUCAAGGAACAAAACAAUAUAUAGAAAAUUAUGUUUUAACCUAUCCGAAACGUCGUCUUAUAGAUAUUGGAGUCAAAUCUCAUAUAACAAUUGAACAUAAUGGUCAAUGGUUAGAAGCAAUUGUAUCUAAAUGUGAUUGUACAUUAAUUCGUGUAUACAUUCCAUCAUUGAAUGAACUAGAGUGGUUGUAUCGAGGCUCUUUGCGUUUACAACCAUUAUUUAAUUUAUUAACAACAUCAGUAAAUGAUGAUGAACCAACUUCUAAACGCUUUGCAAUUGAUUUAGAACAACAACAAGAACAUCGGUGUACAAAUUCUUGUGAAAAAGGUUUAUCAAUAACGCGAAAAUGUAAUUUUUUAAUGAUUCCAUUAAACUAUGGUUGGAAACGGCAAGUACGAAAUGAUUUAGGCACAAUUGUUUAUAUAUCACCGUGUGGACAACCAUUUACAGAUCGAGAACGUUUACAUUUAUAUCUGAUACAAAUCAAUUCAUGCUUAACAAUGAAUUUAUUUUCAUUUGAAAUGGACUGUCGAGCAACACAAAAAUAUAACUUACUUAAUCCACCUAUUAUCGAUAUCAUGGAUUAUUCGAAUGAAUUAGAAAAAUUACCUUUAUCAUUAGUAAAUGAAAUUAAUAAUGAAUUACCAACAAAAUUUGACUAUAUUUGUACAAGAAUAUCAUCAAAAGAUGAAAUACCCAUAAAUGAAUUAAAAGAUUAUAUAGAAGGAUGUACAUGUACAGAUGGUUGUUUGGAAACUGAUAAAUGUGCAUGUUGGCAACGAACAUUCAAUUCUAUUAUUAAAUCUUAUUAUUAUGAAGAUUUAAUUACAAACCUGAAAGAGUUAUUUAUGAAGAAUAAAAUUAUUAAUGACAAUGAUGAGAAUGAUGAAGAAAAUAUGAAAAUAUUUUUGUAUAAACAAUUAUCAAAACAAAAUUUAGGCUAUAAACAUGGAAGAUUAUUAGAUAAAAUUCACUCAGGAAUAUUUGAAUGUAAUGAAAAAUGUAAAUGCGAUUAUCGUUGUACAAAUCGUUGUGUUCAAUAUGGUUUGAAUACGUUAUUACAAAUCUAUCGUACACACGAGAAAGGAUGGGGUGUUCGAACAUUAUAUGAUCUACCAAUGGGAACAUUUUUGAGUUUUUAUGCUGGUGAAAUAUUAAAUGAUGAUGAUGCAAAUAAACGUGGAAUCGAAUUAAAUGAUAUUUAUUUUACAGCACUUGACUUUGUUAAUGCACUUCAUCCACCGCAAUUGAAUAAAUUAAGUAUGAUUAAUGGAAGCGAUCAUGUACUAGCUGCGUCAACAACUACAAGUGUAAAUAUGACAUCAUCGGACAACGAAAUACAGACGAAUCCUAUCGUUGCUUCUGAUGGCAGUGAAACAUGCAAGACAAUAACAACAAGUGAAAAGUCCAUCGAUAUUCAUGAUUUAUUACAGUCACAUAUAAUCACUGAUUCUGAUAUUUAUAUUAUGGAUGCUAAUUUAAAAGGAAAUGUAUCACGAUUCUUUAAUCAUAGUUGUUCACCAAAUGUUUUUGUUCAAAAUGUCUUUAUUGAAACAUAUGAUGUUCGUUUUCCAUGGGUAGCCUUUUUUACAUCAACAAAUAUAAAAGCUGGUACAGAAUUAUGUUGGGAUUAUCAAUAUGAAGUAGGCUCAGUUGAAGAUAGAAUAUUAAAAUGUCAAUGUGGCACAACAAGUUGUCGAAAUAGACUUUUAUAG